AAUCAUCAUAACCCAAUCAAUCAGGGAAAAAUACCCAACUUCCCAUUAACUUGCACACCACUUCUCAAAGGGACGGAAAACCCACGUUCAAUUCAACUGGGGAACCUCAUUUCUCGACGCGCCCACCACCACCGGAGAAGAUCGGGCAUGGCCUCCUCUUCUGCCGCCGCGUCCGUAUCCACCCGACCGCCCAACCGGUUCGAUUUAUCGCCCGAUUUGCCGCCCAGGCUUGCUCUCACCCCAGAUCAGUUCGCGCGCUGCUCCGAAGCGCUCGGGUUCUUCCGCCAGAAGCUCUCCAACCCUCUGACCAUCACCCAGGAGUUCGCACGCUUGCAGGCCAAUAGGAUAACACCAUCUGAGAUGCGGAGAAGCUGUACUGUGGCUUUUGACGGUGUCAAUUUGAGCAAAAACCGCUAUACGGAUGUUGUGCCAUUUGACAAGAAUAGGGUUGUUCUUAACUCGUGUAAGGAUUACAGACCGGCAGCAAGGGGCUACAUAAAUGCGAGCCUUGUCACGACUUCUUCCUCGGAAAAUGUUUCUCAGUUUAUUGCCACACAAGGUCCACUACCGCACACCUAUGAGGAUUUCUGGGAGAUGGUACUGCAGUACCAUUGCCCUGUGAUUGUGAUGCUGACUAGGUUGGUCGACAAUUACAAGAUGGUAAAAUGUGGAGAUUAUUUCCAGGCAGAGGAUGGUCCUAGGGAAUUUGGUGAUAUAUGUAUAAUCACCAAGUGGAUAAGAACAACUGACACUUUAUUAGAGUUGCACCUCUUGGAGGUGAACCAUAGGGAGUCCGAGGAUGCACCCAUGUCUGUUCUGCAUAUUCAGUAUCCUGAAUGGCCUGAUCAUGGAGUUCCAAAGGACACAAUUGCAGUGCGUGAAAUUUUGAAAAGACUAUAUCAUGUACCACCCACUCUUGGUCCAAUAGUGGUGCACUGCAGUGCAGGUAUCGGGCGAACAGGAGCAUAUUGCACCAUUCAUAACACGAUUCAAAGAAUCCUUGCUGGAGACAUGUCUGCUUUAGAUCUUGUUGAUACCAUAACCAGUUUCAGGUCUCAGAGAAUUGGAAUGGUCCAAACGCUGGAUCAAUAUCAUUUCUGCUAUAAAGCAAUCAUCGACGAAUUAGAAGACCUAAUCUCAGAGUUCAACAUUCAAAGGAGUUGAAAAUGGAUGAGCUAGACCAGUGACUGCUGCUUCUCAUUAGCACCAAUGCUGAAUAAGGCUGACAGAAUCCAAGCUGCCUUCUUAUUUUUCCGAAGUUGAGAACUAUGCAAUUCUAUGCUUCUCCCGGCAUGUUUUUCAGCAGCCGUGUCUGGUUUUGAACAACUAUUUUGUUCUCCUCAAAUCCUCUGGUUCUCUCCCUAUAAACAUAGAGGCAGACGAGGAGCUGAAAAAUUCAAAUGGCCUGUACUUCAUGUUAUAAUGGUUCCCCUCUGACUGUUAGAUAAAUGAACUGACUUGUAACCACCGCAGGCUUCGUGAUUCAUUGAGGUUAUACUAUCUUUGGUGAUACUAUCCACCCACCUGAUGGAAAUAAUGAAAUAUGCAGUAAUGCUUCUACUAUAAAAUCUCAAUAGUUCUGCU